GCCGCCGGCCCGCUCCUGGCCGUAGGCGCCCGCAGCAGGGUCCCCGCCCGGCCAUGCUGCUGGGGGACGAGAUCAGCGCCGGGGACCGGCUGAGCGGAGCCGCCGCCCGGGGGGACCUGGCCGAGCUGCGACGCCUCCUGCACCAGGAGCUGGUUCAUCCUGACUCGCACAACCGCUUCGGCAAGACGGCGCUGCAGGUGAUGAUGUUCGGCAACGUGUUUGUGGCAGAGGAGCUGCUGAAGCAGGGCGCCAGCCCCAACAUCCAGGACGAGGCUGGCCGGGCACCUGCCCACGAUGCCGCCCGCACUGGCUUCCUGGACACCCUGCGCGUGCUGGUGGAGCACGGCGCCGAUGUCAACGUGCCCGAUGGGGCGGGGGCACUGCCCGUCCAUGUGGCCGUCCGGGAGGGGCACGUGGAGGUGGUGCAGUACCUGGCGCCCGAGUCCAACCUGCAGCACCGCGACGCCGAGGGCCGCACCCCACUGGAGCUUGCCCGUCACCUGGGCCUGUCGCACCUCGAGGCCAUCCUGGGGCAGCACCUGUCUGCCCCCGUGUAACACCUUCCUGGGCAGAAGGUGGGUGGCUCCUCCGGGGACACCCCAAUUCCACCGUUGCACCUGCCCCAAAGGGACUUGCCUGCCCCCUCCCGUCCUAAAUCCCGGCCCAUGUGAAGGCAGCUCCCCACCUACCUCAGAGUUCGUCUUUAACUUUCACUGUUGUUCCUAUUUAUAUUUUUUGUGGGUGCUUUUCUCCCCUCCUAGGAUGUUCCCGAGUGGGGGAGGGGCUUCUCCCCACCCUCUCCUCUUUGCCUCCCUGCUCCCUUCUGGGUUGCUGACCUGUUGAGGGGAGGGGGAAUGCCUGGUUUUGCUGCCCAUAAUUCAAACUCAGAUCCCUGGGUGGCUUGCACCCGGGAGAAGUACCUGCCUGCGGUGGGGGGAGGGCACGGUGACACAAUGGUGCUGCCGUUGCAAAGCCGGACCUUCCCUGCCCCCUCCCACUUCAGUACAAAGUGGAGGGGGGGCAUUGUGUGGCUCCCCAGGAGAGAGCUCCGUGCACAGUGUUCUCUGGUCUCUCCCGUCCCCUGUAUCUGCCAUCCCCCCCCUCCCGUGUACAGUGUUGUUUUGCGAGUGUCCGUUUUGCAUUGAAUCCAGCCAGGAGGGGUGCAGGGUUGGCGAGGGGCACUGGGAACUGUGGCAUGCAAAGGAUUAACGGGACCGAGCUAAUGGGGGAGCAGGAGGUUAGAGCCCAGCCCAGUGGGGGGCUGCUCCUGUCUCAGAGCAGCGCUGGAUUUGAGUAGGAGCUAUGGGGCAAAUACCUGUGUCUAGGGCUGGCCAGCAGUUGGGAUCCCCCAUGGCCAUGCAUGGGGCUGCUAUUAAAGGGGGCGUCCCCCUGUUGUCCAUGGGGGUUCCACAUCCAGUCCCAGCUCUGUGCCUUGUGCCCCUCCUUGGUCCAGGCUGCCCUGGAGACUACACAUCCCAGCAUGCAAUGCAGCUCACACCAGGCUCUGUGGUCUCGCCAAGCCACGCUCCAGCCACGUUUUGGGGGCUGGUGGCUGGUGUUUUCACUCCUCUGCUAGGCCCCUCAGGGACGGGCGAGCAGUGUCCCGCCCCCCCAGCCAGCGCCCGUGUGUUUGAAACAGAAUUGUCUUUGCCUUGAAAACGUUUGAGCUUGAUUCUUCCGGCAGCAGCCUCUUCCCCGGAUGAAUUGGUGGAUCUGCGCUGUGUACAUAGUGUUUUUUUUAAAACAGAGAAAAGAUUAAACCAGAUUCUAUUUAUUGUGCUUUGGAGGAAAUGUUGGGGGAUAAUUUAAUGUUUUUAACCAUUAAAUAAAUAUUUGUGGAUU